AUGUCGUCGGAAUCGGUUCAAUUUUCACGGGCCAAAAGUCAACAGGAGAUUGUGAGCAAUGUCGAAUACAUAAGACCACUGAGUGAAGACGAACGCUAUCUGUUAGAAAAGGGACUAAGCUUCCCUGUGAGCAAGAAAGUAGUAAGAGCGGGCGGAAUAAUUCCUAGUAUAGAGUCAGUGUUUCAAAAGCUUCCUUCAGUGGAAGCUGAGAAGCUACGGAUACAACUGGUCACAGUCCUAAAAUCCCAACAGCCGGGAACUCCAAAUAUUGCACCAUCAGAGCGGAGAGCGUUGAACACACUGAGACAGGUAGAUAGUAUUGUCAUCACCAAGGGUAAAGCCACAGUAGUGAUGAAUAAGAGCAACUAUCUUCAAAAGGUCAAGCAACACCUCGCCGAUGGACCCUACCGACAAAUUACCGGUAGCAGUAUUACUUCAAUAAUGAAUAAGCGUAAGGUUGAAGUUGGGAGAUGUUUAAGAUCCGUUAUAAACCAUUUAGGGCAGGGUAAGUGGUACCGGUUGUAUCCAAAAAGUGCGAUUCAACCGCGACUCUACGGACUGCCAAAAAUCCACAAGGCAGAUGUACCGAUAAGGCCAAUAGUGGAUGGUAUAGGCUCGCCGCCGCAUGAACUGGCCAGAUUCUUAGCUAGUAUACUAAAACCGCUCACGGGGAAAUCAAGCACCUUCAUUAGGAAUUCGUAUGACUUUGCCAACAAGGUCGCAGGGCUUCCUUUGGAGAUGGACGAAGUCCUCGUGAGUUUUGACGUAAUAUCAAUGUACACAAACAUCCCUAGGGCAGAUGCUCUGGAGGUAACUAAGAGGUUGUUACUGGCAGACACGACACUCGGGGAACGGACACAGCUCUCGGUGGAUGAAAUAGUUGAGGGCAUAAGAGUGUGUUUGAAUCUUGAUAAGUUUGUUUUUGACACAACUGUUUACUCACAAGAACAAGGCCUUGCAAUGGGAUCUCCAAUAUCCCCAGUUUUAGCCAAUAUUUACAUGGAGGACUUCGAACAAAUAGCUUUGGCCGGAUAUCAUUGUCCACCCAACGUUUUUUGGCGUUAUGUUGACGACACGUUUGUUGUAAUCAAACGAGACAACGUAAACAGCUUCCACGACUAUCUCAAUAGUUUAAACCCACACAUCAAGUUUAGCAUGGAGAUAGAGUCCACAUCGGGCACAUUACCCUUUCUGGACUGUAUAACACAUAAGGUUGGUGGGAAAUUGAAAACGACUGUCUACCAGAAACCAACAGACACGGGAACCGUCUUAAGCUAUUCAUCAGCACACCCAAAGUCCGUGUACGCCAGCAUUGUCUCAUCGAUGUUUCGUCGAGUUAGAGCGCUGUGCACAGAAGAGAUCGACCGGACGGCAGCUCAAAUCGAGAUUGCCAACAAACUUCAAGAAAUAGGAUACCCA